AUGACUGAACUGCGCAGGCUAUCGAAGCAAUGCGAUUUCGGAGGCUACCUGGAUAUAGCGCUCAGGGAUCAACUGGUGUGCGGAUUAUAUCAUGAGGCUGUGCAGAGAAAGAUCCUCGUCGAAUUAGAGCUGACCUUAACGAAGGCAGUCCACAUUGCACAAGCCGCUAAAAAUGCGAGCGACGAAUCGCACGCUUUACGCGGGAAUACCACAAGGCGACCACCUGUAAAGCAAGUCGAAACGGCGUUUAGCGUACAAUAUGACACAGCAAGUGGCGCUUACAACGCAAGGCAAUUAGACAGCAGAGAAUGCUAUAGAUGUGGUGGGCGUGGACAUCACCCCAGUACAUGCAAAUUCAAGUUUCAGAAGUGUCAUUUCUGCAAGGAACAAGAGCAUAUCAGUAGAGUACUCCGCAAACGAUCUCAACAAAUGAGCUCAAGAAGGGCACCGCGGCCGUACGUACCACAGCGAAAGGACAGAGUCAAGAGCACACUGCAAGUAGCCGGCAGUCAGAUACCAACAGAGGUGGACACAAGAGCCACAGUGACGGUAAUACCCAUCAGUGUAUAUGAGCAGUAUCUGUCCCAUGUCCAGCUACAUGCAAGUACGGUGUCAUUGAAGACGUACAAUGGUGGAAGCCUCAAGGUGAAAGAAGAGGUAAGUGUAACAGUGAGAUACGGUGAGCAGCAUGCUACUGCUAAUAAUAUAGGAGUAGAUGGACAGGGUAAACCAGCCAUUCUGGGAAGGAACGGAUUAAGUCAGAUCCGGCUCGAUUGGGGAUCUCUGUUUAGUGUUGAGGCACACCGAAUGUUUGACCCUAAGGAGAAGUUUCCAAGAUUAUUUGGUUCCAGCGUGGGUACUGUACAAGGGCAUGAGGCAAGAAUUACACUGAUAGCUGAGGCUAACCCGAGAUUUUACAGGCCUCGACCAGUGCCAUAUGCUCUACAAGAAGAGGUCAAUCAGGAACUAGAUAGCAUGCAACGCGAGGGAGUGAUACGAUCAGUAGAGAAGAGUGACUGGGCAACUCCAGUAGUUGUAAUUCGGAAAGGGGAUGCGCCUGGAACUUGGCAGCGAACUAUAGACAACCUCUUGUCAGGAAUUCCUGGUGUCAUCUGCUAUUUGGACAACAUAUUAGUAGUUGGCGAAAAUGAAGAACAACAUGAGCAGCGGUUGUUAACAGUGCUGAGACAAUUGGAUAAGGCUGUGGGCAGAGAAUUUACGUUGGUUACAGACCAUCGGCCCCUUCUGAAGAUCUUGAGACCAUAUGAAGGCGUCCCAACAUUGGCAGCAGCCCGGUUACAACGAUGGACACUGCUUCUUAGUGCAUACAACUACAAGCUAAAAUUCAAGUCAAUAGUAGAGAACAAGGAAGCAGAUUGGUUGUCCAGAUUGCCGAUAGCUAUGCAAGGGAUUGACCCAAAUGAGGAGAUUUACCAUGUAGACUACUGCGAUCAGUUGCCAGUGACGGCAACCGAAAUAGCCAGAGAAAUCCAGAAAGGUCCAAUACCGAGAAAGGCUUAUAAAUAUACCCGAAGUGGAUGGAUAACUUCAGGGAAUCAGUGUUUAGAGCCUUAA